GGAUAGAAAAAUAUCUUGAGACAAGGGUAGUUAGGUGCGUCAAGGUUGGACAAAAAUGAUUGGCAACAGACACUUUAAUUAUACAAUUACUCCUUUUGGUCUCCGCAAUCCAUUGUAACCCCAUUUCUCCAUCCUCCCUUUACUUAUCUUCUCUUCUUUUCUCAUUCCCAUUAGUCUUUCUGAAAAAUUAAAAAAAAAAAAACUCAGAGAAAGGAGAGGAUAUAACACAUUCAAUUGCUAAUUAUUUGGUGAGGUGAGAGCUGAAACAAUGGCAUUUGCAGGAACAACCCAGAAAUGCAUGGCCUGUGACAAGACUGUCUAUCUGGUUGAUAAGUUAACUGCCGAUAACCGGGUGUAUCACAAGGCCUGUUUCAGGUGCCAUCACUGCAAAGGAACUCUCAAGCUUGGCAACUACAAUUCCUUCGAAGGAGUUUUGUACUGCAGGCCUCAUUUCGAUCAACUUUUCAAAAGAACUGGCAGUCUUGACAAAAGCUUCGAAGGUACACCAAAAAUUGCAAAGCCUGAGAAACAAGCUGAUGCUGAGAAACCUGCUGCAACUAAAGCGUCAGGCAUGUUUGCUGGAACCCGAGAUAAAUGUGUUGGCUGUAAGAAUACUGUGUAUCCAACUGAGAGGGUUACGGUGAAUGGAACUCCCUACCACAAGAGUUGUUUCAAAUGCACACAUGGAGGAUGUGUGAUCAGUCCAUCCAAUUAUGUUGCACAUGAAGGUCGACUUUACUGCAAACACCACCAUGGUCAACUCAUCAAGGAAAAAGGGAACUUAAGCCAGCUUGAGGGCGAGCGUGAGAAGGAGAGAGUUAAUGCAACAGAAGUUGCCGCUGAAUUUUAAUCUGUGUCAUAAAUGUUUGGUUUUUUCUUCAUGUAUCUUGUGUUCUUUUUCCUUUUUCCCCUGUUUCUGUCUGGUUCACAUCGCCUGCAUUCUCAGUCCAAUGGCUUUAUGAUUAGAAGACAUAAAUUUCUUGAUAUAUCUAAUGGAACUGUUGGCUUUUGUUUGCUAUAUUCGAAUGUUUUGUGCAGCAUCUUACCGUCAAAUGAGAUGCCGAGACCUAUUUGAGUCUCAGUAUA